CCGCGCUCCUCCGACCAUCUGGGCUGGCUGGGCUGCUGAGUUUUCGUUAUGCGUUGCCGUGUUUGCCUCGCGAGUUUUCUCUCGGAGAGCGAGCGGGGUAGCGAGCGCUCGCCCAUUGAGGUCUCGGAACACUGCUGUGUUUAAGCGGAGCGUGUAUUGACCCAGAAAGUUUAUUCAUUGGGACCAAGCCCGUAGACUGGACCGUGCUCGCAGGGUUAGCAGUGGACGCCUUCCGUUCUUGCCUUUCAGACCUGGAGUCCGAAGUGCGACUACGAGCAAGUGAAGGCGUGCCUGCACCAGUCUCGGAGGUGGCACCAUGAGUGACGAGGCUGGCGAUGCCCCAAAGCCCCAAGAGGGCACUGCAGGUGGCAGAGAUGUGCCAGCCAAGGAGGGUGCUCGCUUCCACACGUCUAGUGAGAGCAGCAAUGGCGAGGAAGCAAGCGAGCCUGCCAUGGAGGGUCUUAUGCUAGCCAAUGGAGAGGUCAAGCAGCCUUCGCCCAUCAAGAAAAAGGCUCGGGAUUCGUCAGUGCCGACCCCUUUGGGCCUCGAAGGAAGCUUUGGUGUUGUGCCCGAGUCUCCGCCGAGGUUUGUCUCCUUGGACCAAAUCAUGAAGACUGCCAAUGGGAUGACAAACAUGGCCCUGGCUCACGAAAUAGCCAUGGAGGACUCCUUUGAGCUCAAGCAGAGGGAAUAUGCAGAAAAUAGUCUAGAGCAGCUGGUGAAGGAAACGCUGCACAAAGCUUUCUGGCACAUCCUUGAAGAACAGCUGAACGAGGACCCGCCAAACUAUGACCAAGCCAUGCGUCUGCUACAAGAGGCCAAGGAGAUUCUGCUGGAUUUGGUGAUGCCGUACAGCAAGAGGCUCCGCGAGGAGAUUGAGCAGGUGCUCGACGUCGAGCUCAUCCGCCAGCAGGCUGAGCAUGGCACUCUAGAUUUUCUCGCUUACGCACGGCACGUCAUCUCGCUGAUGGCUCGCAUGUGUGCGCCGAUCCGAGACGCCAGCAUCAAGGAGCUGCUUGAGAUCAAGGAGGUUGUUCCCCUCUUCAGGGGCAUUAUGGAGCAGCUCAACCUGAUGAAGAUCGACAUGGCCAACUUCAGCAUCCAGCAGGCCCGACCGCUCAUCCAGUCUCACUCCGUCGCCUACGAGCAGGAGCAGUUCAAGAAAUACCUGGAGGCGCAGACAGCCGCCAACCCUUCGGCCGACCCGCUCGCGCAGACCAAGCUGUGGCUGAAGCACAGCUACGACCACCUCCGCAACCUCAGCGACCAGCACAGCCCAGACCCCAUCAACGGGCCCGGUUGCAAGGGCCCAGGAUUCGCGAGUGUCCUAGCAGGAGCCUACAUGGAGCUGCUGUCAUGGCCCGACGACGAGCCUUACCCAGAGACCUUGCGUUUGGACGAGGCUCGCUACAGGGCUCUCAAGGACAAGGUGCACCUGGCCACCCUGGUCGCCAGCAUCCUGAGCAUCACUUAUCGGCUAGGGGGCGCCGCUCUACAGGGCAUCUCGGACUUCAAGGACGAUCUCAAGAGCCACACGCAGCUUCUCCUAGAGGGCUCAGUCAACUGUAGUGAAGAGGAGCUGAGGGAGACCCUGAAGAACGUGGCCAGUCAGGUGAUCAAGGAGGUGCAGGAGUGCUUGCAGAAGCACGGCUUCAACCAACUCCAGAUCAGCCAGGAGCGAGUGCUCUACGACCAGAUUGUCGUCAUGACCUCCCCCGACCACCACGUCCGGAAGCUGCUCCUGAUGCGUGUGCUGGACUUCAUCAAGGUGGCCAUUUCCUCCGGGUCUGUGCGGCCCACCCAGAUUCCUCCGGGCCUGUCGGCUCUCGAGAAAGAGCUGACCUCUAUCACGGGCCAGUUCCUACGACUCGUGACGCACAAUCGGGCAGUGUUCGGAGAGCUGUACGGCGACAUUGUUGCGGAGCUCAGGAAGUAGGCCUAAGCCAGCCUCAAUAGGCCUAAGUAGGCCUAAGAUAGGCCUAAGACUGUCGUCGACCGGUUUGCCACGGAAGUGUGAUCGAGAGACGUGUGUGAAUUUUUUUUUGGCUGGGACAAGGGGGAGAGAUGUUCCCUAUCACUUAGCAGGCGUGCUUUUCUUUUUCCGGCCCUCUUUCAUUGCCCCUUGGACACUUCCUGGAAAAUCCGGCGAAGGGUAUGACAAAUUGUACUAUCUCGCUGAUGUUCGUCGUGGACUGAAAAGCAGCGUGGAAUACGAUUAUAAGUUUGUGCUGGAUAAGGUGUGUCGCGAGCUGCAAAGCUCACAUCUGUGCACUGGAGUCAGCAAUACAAUUGAGAUGACUGGACAGUGCAGAGAGUCUCUAAAUCUAAUGGGACCGAGUAGCAAUGAUCCUGUUGCAUGUGAUUAAAAGUGGUGAGCUGGUCCCAAUGUAAGUGCUUGUCAUAUUAACCUCCUUCGCUAAAUAGUAUGCCUAAUGAAUUAAUAUAUUGUUGCCUAUUAUGAUUUGAGAUGUUUUGUAUUUAAUAAUGUCGUUUGAAAAAACUAUAGGACCAUGAUCAACUGCCUGUGUGUGCUUGUGCUCUAGUGAUGUUCCUUUACGCUUUCAUGUCUUCUUUUGUCAGGAUGUUUAUUUGAUACCUUUAACCCAAAGAAUUGUUCUUCCUCGGCUAUUACGUUCUUUGCGUUAUUGCUGUGCGUCCAUCACUUUCAGGCCACGAACGGUGAGCGUGCUAUCGGCGUGACAUAGAAUUGUAGAAAGGAAAGUACCAAGCAGUUUUCUUGGUUAAAUCGUGUGGCUGUGAGCAUUCAAGGUUGCUUAUUGCUGCGUUUUCGUGAAUAACCAUAAGCAACUCAAAAAGCUGAUGCUAAAUCUGGUAUGCACAGCUGCACAUUUUUACCACAAUCAUCGACUUUGACUGUCAGGCUUUCAAGUGACUGGUUGUCGUGACAUAGCUUUGGUUACUUUCUGAAUGUUAUGGCAUGGCACUGUUCAGAAACAUAAUUUGCUUCCCCUAUAGUUUUGCUCAUCAUUCACUGACAAGUUUUAGUGCAGUGCACGUGGCAUCCAUUGCAUACGUAAGAACGCCAUGUUUCACAUAGAGCAUGUGCUCAGAACUUUCGCUCAUACGCGCUUUGCGAAACAGCAAUGUUACGUACGCUAUAUAUGCAUUACUAAAGCAUGCUACUGUUUUAAAUGGUAUUUGCUUUAAUAUAGCAUUCUGUGGACACUGUUUUUCCAGCUACAGCAGCGCAUAUGAUGAACACUUAAGUGGCUCAGGGCCCUUGUAAAUAUGAUGAUGCUUAAAUAUGUGCUCCAAUCAUAGUUGCGGAAAAAAUAUUUUUGUGUACUCUAUCGCACUUUUAUGGAGGCGAUGUUUACACUACUUGUGUUAUCCGCAUAUUUUAUCCGUAUGAGUAUAAAAUGCACGCAAUAUUUACAUGCCUGAAUGUGUUUGCACUAAAGCAAGCUUUGAUAUUAAAACUCAUCAUUGUUUUUACCUCUUGCAGCACGAAAUGCAAGUCAUUGUGCUGUGGUGUAGCUAUAAUCGCAACAUUAGUUUUGAAAGCUUGACACUUUUGUUAUUGAUUGUUGUUGAUGCAUUUGAAAGUCUACUGAGGUUAUUACCUUUCAUUUUAGUGCAGAUUUCAUGAUUAUGAACACUAGCAAUUGCACUUGCAAAGAUGUAUGUUUCGUCUGUCCUGUGAUGCUUUAAA